AUGAGUGCCACAGCUUCCGAUAUUAUGCAACCCACAACAAUGUCGAAUAGCGGCGAAGUCAACGACGGUAACAGCGCGUUGUCUGAAAACGUUCGCCAACUUCACCAACCAACUAUAAACGCGGUUGCCAGUGUAAACGGUCACUAUGAACAUCGGCCCACCUCUCACCCCGCGAUCAAUCUGGUUCCUACCAACCAUCCCUUACCCUUUUUCGUCCCGAAAUAUAACGAUUUGAUCUGUAUCCACAUGUAUAAUCAUGGCUUUAUUGGAGGUCUUUACUCUGAUGUAUCUCUUCAAGUCAACCACCCUAAAUUUCAUCAAUUUUAUCGCCUCCACGCUAUCAACCUUGCUCGAUCUCCGAUGAUACGCAAUUUACUGACCAACUCUGCUUCAAAAGAAAUCUCUCUCAAUCUGAAUGACACGAAUAUUACCUCUGAAGGUCUUGGAAUCUGUUUCGCCCACAUGUACGCGUCCUCCCUUCACUGGAUUAACCCAAUCAAUGUCGAGAGUGUCUUUGCGGCGGCGUAUAAUCUUGGAUUGGCCGAUAUUUGCACUGUUGCAGUUGAGAUUAUGAAGAAUGACAUCUCUAUCAAUACAGUUGACUCUUACAUGAAGUUCUUUCAACAUUACAAAGAAUAUGCGAAACCAAUUGAAGAUCUCUGCUAUGUAUUCCUCAUCAGAAAACUUCCCAAAUUGUUGCAAUCGUUUAAACCUAACCCCAACAACGACAAUCACCUCGAUGAUGGACAAAACGUUUGUAUAUUAAAAUCGGGUACCGGAUAUUGCCACAACCAUGGAUACCAUGAACUGCUCAAUAUCUAUGCCAAAUUAUCCUUCGCCUGGAUCAAACGCAUUCUUGAAUCGAAAAAUCUCGAUGUAACCACCAAUAUCAGAUACAAGCUCGCUAAAGACCUCAUCUGGAAAAGAAAGGAACUCAAGAUCACUACUAAUAACGAAUUCGUAUACAUGUCAUUCGGCACUUCACAUCAUCAAAAUAUUACUAUUGUCGAGAAAACCCGAGAGAUACAAAAAGAGUCCCGGCGGGUUUUAUUCAAGGUUUUCCGAAAAUAA